AUGAACAUCGAGAUACAGAAACUGUGCAGUAGCACUCCGAGAUCCCAAUCUGACCAGCCUAGGAGCUCCCAGAAUAAACCGGAAACACGGGGAUAUCAGGACCAAGUAAAUGAAGGAAAAAUUCCCGGAGAAGCCGGGAAAGAUUAUCCGACCUUUUCUCUUUCCAGUCUCAGGGGUAAGCACAAUAAUAUAAAACUGGCUCCAGCAGAUAAGAUUCCCAAGGACUAUCCUAAACCAACAAAAGGAGGGGCUCAAGGAGGUUCAGGGUUGGUGCAAGGAGGGGAUAGCGGAGCCAUUGAGGGCGAAGGAAUGGGUGACGGAUGUCCCGGAAGCCUGGAGGAAUGUAUGGCAAGUUGUCCCUCCGAACUGAAGAUAUUUCAGGCCUGUGCAGCAAGCUGUGGUAACCGCUGUGACUAGGAUAUAUUGACUAUUAAAUAUAUGUUCCAAUAAACAUGGUAGUUGAGUGA